GGGAGUGGGAGAACGGAGAGGGAGAGCGACGGAUACGGAGAGAAGCACGAGAAAGAAAGAAAGAGCAAGAAAGAAAGGGAAGAAAAAACGAAGCAGGCUGACCAGCGCAAGCGGGUUUGCCGUGGCUUGCUGGUCGGACGGAGCGGAGCCUAGUUUUCGACACUGAAGCGUUUUAAGCCACUUCCGUUCUGUCUCGUAUCAUAUUUAAUCGUCGUAAAAACCGUCCUGCACUCCUGCUUAGUUAGCUGGCUAGCUGGCUAAUAUACGUGGAGGGAAGAGAAGCCCACGACACACUGAGGAUCCUGGCGCCCCGGCCUGGCUUUUAGUGUCGAGGAAGUGAGAACACAGCCAGCUAUAGCAUUUGAAGCGCUUUUGGUGCAUUUCACUCGGUUCUCUCUGCCUAGUUUACAAGCUAGCCUUCCAUAUAGAUCUCUUACAGAUGGGCAGCUGGCUCGCUUAAUUAAUUUGUCGCGUUUUUAUCUAAACAUGCAUUCGAUAUACUUAUAGGAGACAACUAUUUCCCUAAUCGGAUACGGCUUGCAAAUAAAUUGGCUUUGUCUGUCUAGUGUUUCGUACCUUUCAAAAGCGCCGGAUCGUCGGAGUUGGUUUUGUUUAAAAAAUAAAAAAGAGGAGCACUCCUAUUACCGCGAGUAUUACCGGACGAUGCAUUGAUUUCUGUUGUUGACAUCUCAGUUUUUCAAAACAAUGCACUCGUGUAAGAAGCCACUCUGAACCUUCUUGUUAUUGUUUCGUAUACAGACGCGUCUGUGUAGUUAUUUUGUUUGUAGUUGUUUUCGAUCUCGUUUAAUUUCUAAUGCAUUCUUUUUCUGCGCGGUGCCUCGGAUUUCAUUCCCCUGCAAAAAGACGUUUAAGGAGAGAGUCGCUUUGUACUCGCUGUCCAGUUAUCUAGCUACAGAGCGAGCAAGCUCGCGGGUGUUUUCGCGUGAUUUAUUUUUGAACAGGUAGACUUUAAUUGAAAUAGUCUUUCCCUUGAAGAGGUUGGCGCGCAGGACGUUGUAUUUAUCCAGCUAACUUGUUUUUUUUUAUUGUUUUGGUGACGGCCGAGGUGUGCUAUCUUUUGGUGGGUUUUUUUUCCACUGUCUCUAGCUAGAUAAUUGUCCAAACUCGGUUGUGUUCGAAGACGGCGAGGUUUUUUUUUUAAACUAUGGAUGAACAGACCCGUAUGAUGACGGGUCUCGUCGGAAUCGGCGGAUUAUCGCAGCCCGACGUGGGCGACCCGGACUCGGUUCGGAAGCAGCAGUCCCUCGGACAGCCGCAACAGGACAUCGGGGAUAUUCUCCAGCAGAUCAUGGCUAUCACGGACGAGAGCCUCGAUGAAGCACAGGCCAGGAAGCACGCCCUGAACUGCCACAGAAUGAAGCCGGCCCUCUUCAGUGUCCUGUGUGAGAUCAAGGAAAAGACAGUGCUGAGUAUCCGUGGGGUGCAGGAGGAGGACCCCCCCGACCCCCAGAUCAUGCGGCUGGACAACAUGCUGCUGGCAGAGGGCGUGUCUGGCCCGGAGAAGGGCGGGGGCUCCGCGGCGGCGGCGGCAGCGGCAGCGGCAGCAGGGGGGUCACCAAACGACGGCAGCAUCGAGCACUCAGACUACAGAGCCAAACUUGCCCAGAUCCGGCAGAUAUACCACUCCGAGCUGGAGAAAUACGAGCAGGCCUGCAGCGAGUUCACCAACCACGUGAUGAACCUGCUGAGGGAGCAGUCUCGAACCCGGCCCAUCUCGCCCAAGGAGAUCGAGCGCAUGGUGGCCAUCAUCCACCGCAAGUUCAGCUCCAUCCAGAUGCAGCUGAAGCAGAGCACCUGCGAGGCCGUCAUGAUCCUGCGCUCCAGAUUCCUCGACGCCAGACGCAAGCGGCGUAACUUCAACAAGCAGGCCACGGAAGUGCUGAAUGAGUACUUCUACUCCCACCUGUCCAACCCCUACCCCAGCGAAGAGGCCAAGGAGGAGCUGGCCAAGAAGUGCGCCAUCACCGUCUCUCAGGUCUCCAACUGGUUCGGCAACAAGAGGAUCCGCUACAAGAAGAACAUCGGUAAGUUCCAGGAGGAAGCCAACCUGUACGCAGUCAAAACCGCGGUGGACGCAGCCAACGUUUCUGCUCAGGCCAGCCAGGCAAACUCUCCCGCCACGCCCAACUCAGGCGGGUACCCUGCACCAUGCUACACACCUGACGGGCGGUUAUGAGGAGCUGUGAGCGAGAGUCCCGCGCCCCCCCCACACUGUCUGGACACAGCAGGGUGGUACCGCUACCCCCCUCCCCAUCUCCUCCCUCGAUGCUCCCAGCAGCCCUCCACUCUGACACCACUUGAGACCCAUCACCAAAAAAAACCCACUGACCCACCCAGUACCCCACCAACCCACCUACCCUCAGACUCACACCAAACCCUCCCCCCCAAGAAGGCAGAACAGUUGCACACACGCACACGGUCAGCAGCUUGCACAGAAUUCCAAGCGAAGAUUGGACAGGAAAACAGGAAGUCCCUCCCCCCACCCCUCAGCAGGAAGUUGAAGAGACUGAAUGCGGAUGAAGGCCUGUCCUCUGAUUGGCUGAAAGUGGGGCGACACGACACCUCGAACGUCUGGGACGAACUCGCAAGGACACACCCACGUGUCUCUCAAGUGUUUACACUCGGUCCUUCCACAUUGUAGUGUUCCCGUUCCCUGAUAUGGAGCUGCUGUUUGACAGACACCUUAUCAAUCACUGCCCUGAGUGUACAGAGGGAAGGUCAGCUUGGCGCGUGUGAAUGCGUGCGUCUGUGAGUGUGUGCGCGUGUGUGCGCUUGUGUAUGUAUGAGUUUGUUUGUGUGAGAAUGUAUGUACGCCUGAGCAUAUUUCAUUACUUUCAUCUGUGAUACCGGUUCCUUUUCUGCCACACUUACGCACAAACACACACACACACACACACACACACACACACUUAUCUUUUGGUCAGUGUGAGGACUCAAGCGCUGUUUCCAUGGCGACAUGCUUCUGAUCUCACCGUUUCCAUGGAGAUGCCAUUGUCGUCCUGCUUGUACCAAAGGGAUGGCGCAGUGCUUUCUUCAGCCCACCGUUUUACACACACACACACACAAAUGCAAACACACAUGCUCACAAACACACAGACACACACAGUCAUGCAAACACACACAGACACACCCAUAUUCACUGCAAUGGAAACACAUGUGUGUCCCCUGUUUCCGUGUCUGACAGACAGGUACACAAACACCUUCUGCGCAGACACACAGGUGGCUGCCUCUCUGUGUGCUCAUACCUAC